CCAUGACUAAUUUAAACUGAGUUUCAUUCUUUUCAUUCGUCUUUUGGGAAAAUGAUAUCAGUCCGAAAUUUUAAUGUGGGCCGACUGAUGUUGAAGCUUUUGACUGUUUGAAACCUCGAUCAUGGUGAAGAAUGCUGAGGUACUUGAGUGUAACAGCCUUUUUAUUUGGAAAAAAAUAAUCAUGCGUGGAUGACUCUCAUUCGUGAUAUCAAGAUAGCACCAUUUUAAAACCCCUUUCCAUUAAACAAAUCUUCUACUUUUGAAAACAUACUCUGGGGGUCCUAUCAUGUCUGUGUACACUGAAUUCGUACCUCCUCCCGAGUGUCCUGUUUUUGAGCCGAGUUGGGAAGAUUUUUCGGACCCAUUGGGAUUUAUCAAUAAAAUUCGACCCAUAGCAGAGAAAACUGGAAUCUGCAAAAUUCGCCCUCCAAAGGACUGGCAGCCUCCUUUUGCCUGUGAUGUUCGGAACUUCCGCUUCACACCUCGGGUGCAGAGGCUCAAUGAACUGGAGGCACUCACAAGAGUCAAACUCAACUUUCUGGAUCAAAUUGCCAAGUUUUGGGAGCUGCAGGGUUCUAGGCUACGCUUUCCUCAUGUGGAGAGGAAGAUACUUGAUCUGUAUCUGCUGAGCAAGAUUGUGUCUGCAGAAGGAGGGUUUGUGAGGGUGUGUAAAGAGAAGAGAUGGACCAAGGUGGCUAACCGCAUGGGUUACCCUCCUGGAAAGGGAGUAGGCUCCCUGCUGCGUUCACACUAUGAGAGGAUCCUUUACCCCUAUGAACUGUUCCAGUCGGGAGCCACACUUUCUGGCGUUCACAGGCUCUAUGAAGAAGGGGAAGAAGCAGAGGAGCCAGAUGAAGGCAUUGAAGGGGGUGUUGAGGAUGAGGAGGCAGAUGAAGAGGAAGAGAAGGAGAGAGAAAAGGAAACGAGGGAAAGGGACAGUCUCCAUGACAGGCAGCAGAUCAAGGAUCACCCCAUGCCUGAGAGAAGAUCACGGCGACUUAAAUCUGAGAGAGAGAACAAAGAGCCUAAAGGUCUACAGAUCUUCGGCAGCAGUCCUAAGAUGGUGGGUCUGGAGAUUGUGCCAGCUGAUGAUGGAUUCAUCAAGAAGCAACGACAUCUCAAAGCUCAGGCAUUUGCAAUAAAGAUGCGGCCACGCAAAGAGACAUUGGAGGUCAAUUUUAUUGACCUAUACAUGUGUAUGGCAUGUGGGCGGGGCGACGAGGAAGACCGUCUGCUUCUGUGUGACGGAUGCGAUGACAGCUACCACACCUUCUGUCUGAUCCCACCCCUUCAGGAUGUCCCGAAGGGUGACUGGCGUUGCCCCAAGUGUGUCGCAGAGGAGUGUAGCAAGCCUCGGGAGGCGUUUGGCUUUGAGCAGGCCGUGCGAGAAUACACCCUCCAGAGUUUUGGCGAGAUGGCAGAUCACUUCAAGUCAGACUACUUCAACAUGCCAGUGCACAUGGUACCCACUGAACUGGUGGAGAAGGAGUUCUGGAGACUAGUGAGCAGCAUUGAGGAGGAUGUUAUCGUAGAAUAUGGGGCUGAUAUCAGCUCUAAGGAUGUGGGCAGUGGUUUCCCAGUAAGAGAUGGCAAGAGGAGGCUGUUGGGGGAUGAGGAGGAUUAUGCCAACUCAGGUUGGAACCUGAAUAACAUGCCAGUCCUGGAGCAGUCUGUUCUCACUCACAUUAAUGUGGACAUCUCUGGCAUGAAAGUGCCCUGGCUCUAUGUGGGAAUGUGCUUCUCCUCUUUCUGCUGGCACAUAGAGGACCACUGGAGCUACUCCAUCAAUUAUCUGCACUGGGGUGAGCCCAAGACAUGGUAUGGUGUCCCAGCACAUGCAGCAGAGCAGCUUGAAGCAGUGAUGAAAAAACUGGCCCCUGAGCUGUUUGACUCCCAGCCUGACCUGCUCCACCAGCUGGUCACCAUCAUGAAUCCCAAUGUGCUCAUGGAGCACGGUGUGCCGGUGUUCCGGACCAAUCAGUGCGCUGGAGAGUUUGUAGUGACUUUCCCAAGGGCCUAUCACAGUGGUUUCAACCAAGGCUACAACUUUGCUGAAGCAGUCAACUUCUGUACUGCAGACUGGCUGCCUAUGGGUCGUCAGUGUGUGGCCCACUACCGUCGACUGCACCGCUACUGUGUCUUCUCCCAUGAGGAACUGCUGUGUAAGAUGGCGGCUGAUCCCGAGAGCCUGGAUGUGGAGCUGGCAGCUGCAGUUCACAAAGAGCUGGUGGAGAUGAUGGAUGAGGAGACCAGGCUGAGACAGGCUGUGCAGGAGAUGGGGGUGUUGUCCUCUGAGCAGGAGGUCUUUGAGUUGGUGCCUGAUGACGAGAGACAGUGCUACAGGUGUAAGACGACUUGUUUCCUCUCUGCCCUGACGUGCUCCUGUAGUCCUGAGCGCCUGGUGUGUCUGCAUCACACCGCAGAACUCUGUGACUGCCCUCUCGGCAACAAGUGCCUCAGGUACAGAUAUGAUCAGGAGGAGUUCCCUGCCAUGCUGUAUGGGGUGAAGUCCCGAGCACAGUCCUAUGACACAUGGGCCAAGAGAGUCACUGAGGCACUAGGAGCAGAUCAUAAAAACAAGAAAGAUCUGAUUGAACUGAAGGUGUUGUUGGAGGAUGCUGAGGACAGGAAAUACCCCGAGAACAAUCUGCUCCGUCGACUGAGAGAAACGGUGAAGGAAGCAGACACAUGCUCUUCUGUGGCCCAGUUACUGCUCAGUCACAAGCAGAGGCACAGCAGGCAACGCCCCGAGAGCAGCCGCACACGCAGCAAAUUGACAGUGGAGGAGCUGAAGGCCUUUGUGGAGCAACUGUUCGCUCUGCCCUGUGUCAUCAGCCAGGCUCGGCAGGUCAAAGAGCUGUUGGAGAAUGUGGAGGACUUCCACGAACGUGCCCAGGUGGCUCUAGCUGAUGAGACACCAGACUCGUCUAAGCUGCAGGCACUGCUGGACCUGGGCGCGGGACUGGACGUGGAGCUGCCGGAGCUUCCGCGGCUGAAGCAGGAGCUGCAGCAGGCGCGCUGGCUGGACGAGGUGCGAAUGACGCUGGCCGAGCCGCAGCGUGUAACUCUAGAGCUGAUGAAGAGGCUGAUUGACUCAGGCGUCGGCCUGGCGCCGCACCACGCUGUGGAGAAGGCCAUGGCUGAGCUGCAGGAGAUCCUCACUGUGUCAGAGCGCUGGGAGGACAAAGCACGAGCCUGUCUGCAGGCCAGACCUCGCCACAGUAUGGUCACUCUUGAAAGCAUUGUUAUGGAGGCAAAGAACAUCCCUGCCUACCUGCCCAACGUUAUAGCGCUCAGGGAGGCACUGCAGAAAGCCAAGGACUGGACGGCCAGAGUAGAAGCCAUACAGAACGGUAGCAACUAUGCCUACCUACAGCAGCUGGAGACGCUGCUGGCCAGGGGCCGCUCCAUUCCCGUGCGUCUGGAUCAGCUGCCUCAAGUGGAAUCCCAGGUGGCAUCCGCCCGAGCCUGGAGGGAGAGGACAGCUCGCACGUUUCUCAAGAAGAAUUCCACUUACACCCUGCUUCAGGUCUUGAGCCCACGUGUUGACAUUGGUGUGUAUGGAAACAGUAAGAGUAAGCGUAAGAGGGCUAAAGAACUGCUGGAGAAUGAGCGAGGGCUGGAUCUGGAGGGGUUGAGUGACAUGGAGGAGAGCAUGGAGGACGCCCAUGAUCCUGCCAGCGUGGUGGCUGCUUUCAAGGCAAAGGAACAGAAGGAGGUCGAGGCAAUGCACUCGCUUCGUGCGGCUAAUCUGGCUAAGAUGGCCAUGGCUGACCGUAUCGAGGAGGUCAAGUUCUGCCUGUGCCGCAAGACGGCCAGCGGCUUCAUGCUGCAGUGUGAGCUCUGCAAGGACUGGUUUCAUGGCGCCUGCGUGCCGCUGCCCAAGACGGGUUCCCAAAAGAAGUUGGUUGCCGGGUGGUGGCACAGCAGUAACAAAGAGUCCAAAUUCCUGUGCCCGCUGUGCCAGCGAUCGCGGCGCCCACGCCUGGAGACAAUCCUCUCUCUGCUGGUGUCUCUGCAGAAGCUUCCGGUGCGGCUGCCGGAGGGCGAGGCGCUACAGUGCCUGACAGAACGGGCCAUGAGCUGGCAGGAUCGCGCCCGACAGGCCCUGGCCACAGACGAGCUCUCCUCCGCCCUGGCCAAACUCUCUGUUCUCAGUCAGCGCAUGGUGGAGCUGGCCGCCCGCGAAAAAACAGAGAAGAUCAUCAACGCCGAACUGCAGAAGGCAGCUGCCAAUCCUGACUUGCAGGGUCACAUCCAGACAUUCCAGCAGGCUGGCUUUAGCAGAACCACAUCACCACGGCAGUCUGUGGACUAUGACGAUGAGGAGACAGACUCAGAUGAGGACAUCAGGGAGACGUAUGGCUACGAUAUUAAGGAUUCAGGGGAGGUGAAGCCCUACCUGUUCUGUGAUGAAGAAAUCCCUGUGAAGUCAGAGGAAGUUGUUAGUCAUAUGUGGCCAGCCACUCCGUCCUUCUGUGCAGAGCAUGCCUACUCCUCUGCCUCCAAGACCUGCCCACAGAAUCCGGCAACCCCACGGAAACAGCCACGGAAGACCCCCUUGGUGCCUCGCAGCCUAGAGCCACCUGUGUUGGAGCUGUCUCCCUCAGCCAAGGCCCAGCUGGAGGAACUGAUGAUGGUAGGCGAUCUUUUGGAGGUGUCUCUGGACGAGACCCAGCACAUCUGGAGGAUCCUGCAGGCUACACAUCCCCCCUCCGAGGAGAGGUUCCUUCAAGUCAUGGAGCCGGAGGAGGCUCUACUGGAGAAGCCAAUGAAGCUGAAGGUAAAGGACUCCGAAAAGAAGCGCAAGAGGAAACUGGAACGGGUUGAGCAGCAGCUGCUGCUAGCUGCCACGGGCGUGGAGGGCCGGCCCAAAUCAAAGGAGCUGAAGAGGGCAGUGGAUGGAGGGGUCAAGUCCAAGAAGAAAAAACUCAAGCUCAACCCCGAUAAAGCCCGUGAGCUGAAACAGCUCGCCAAGAGACUAGCCAAAGAAGAGAAGGAGAGGAAAAGGAAGGAGAAGGCAGCUGCUAAAGCAGAGUUGGUCAAGGAUGGGUUAGAGAAAAAGAGAGAGAAGAAGAUUCUGGACAUUCCCUCUAAGUAUGACUGGUCUGGAGCAGAGGACUCCAAUGACGAGAACGCUGUGUGUGCAGCCAAGAACUGCCAGCGUCCCUGCAAGGAUAAGGUGGAUUGGGUGCAGUGUGAUGGUGGUUGUGAUGAGUGGUUUCAUCAGGUAUGCGUGGGUGUAUCAUGCGAGAUGGCGGAGAACGAGGACUACAUUUGUUCUGCGUGUUCUCGGAAGAACGCAGCGCUGGCUGGGGGAGGAGUUGGCAUCAAAGUUGGCAUGGAGAGCGUAGUACUGACACCACCGGUGUGCGGCAAUCAAACUCUCCCUGCCAUCACUCAACAGGACUCACAAGAGAGCAGCUAGCGCAGGGUCCAGCCACCGACACCCCACGCCAGACCUACAUAUGUUCUUCACAGCAUCUUCAGCAGACCCUGAGCAUAGCGGGACCAAAACAUGGAGAAAAAGAGAGGUGUAGAAGAACGUUAAGAACUUUGAAGGGAGCCGUUUCAUUUCUCUCACAUCCCCGUUGAGAGAAUGCCAGGAUAACUGUUAGAGGCCUUGAUAAGUCAGGGAUGAAGAAGGGACCUACAGAUGUAACUGGAGAACUUUACCCUCUCUGUAUCCCUUCUUCUAUCUUCUGUCAUUAUAGCAGUGGAGCCUCUGGGAACUUGGAGCUCUGUGAUUUGUCUUCUAGUGGACUGUGAUUUCUCUUGGAUGUUUGGUCCAGUUUACCUACCACAGAUUCCUCCUGCAAGCAUACUAACCUGGGUAAAAAAAAACAAAAAAACAAAACAUCUAGAUUUUAAGUAGUUUGCCUCUGUCACAUCCCAAAAUUCACCAGUCUGUAUUGAAAAUGGAUAAAAAAAAUCAACGCAAUCAUGACAUCUUGUGAUACUCAGGCAAUCGAACGGUUUGAGGUUUGCCAUCAAAAAGAAAAACUGUGGAAGACUACCAGUUUCUCAGUGCUCUCUCCUCUCUCUGUCUGAACCUCCAAACCACUUACAACUCCAUAUGUAGGACUCACCAAAUGGUUGUAUGUAGUUGUUCUAUUUAUGAUGUAAAUAGGUUUUAAGCAAUUAA